CCACGACCAACGCGAAAAAAAAAACCAACCCUUUCAUCCGCGUCAGCAAUCGGGCACAUCGCCGUCGUCGUCGCAGAUCCAAACAACGGUUGGUCCGAUGUAGGCGAAGAUCUCGUGAUUCUCGUCUCAAGUUUUCAUUCGCGUCGCGUUGCAGUGUGUCGUGCGCCUCUGGUGAAUCCGCCCUCGAUGGGACACGGGCAUGGUAGUAGAGGGCCGGACAUUGUUGUGUUGAUCGCUACCACUACCAUCCACCGCGCAGCACUUUCAUCUGCUAGCAACAGAGACGACGUACGGCUGCGGUUGCCAUCGGGAAGGAAUCUCAAUCAAAAAGACCCACAACCACCACCACGGACCGUACCCCGGGGGCAGGAGAAUGAACCGUGAGCAUGGGUUCAGCGACGCCAAGCAGACGAAUCCAGUGCAGAGUGCUUCGUUCCUGUCGAAGCGUACGUUCUGGUGGCUGCGUCACACAUUCCGUAAUGGCCAACGGAAGGAGAUUACGGAGGAAAGUUUGUACGCCACGCUGCCGGAACACAGUAGCCACGGGUUAGCGGAAACGUUCGAGCGGCUCUGGGCGGAAGAGGAAACGCAGCGUGGGCCCGAGCGUGCCAGCUUCGGACGGGUCUAUUGGCGGGCGUUCGGGGUGGAGACACUCGUCUGGGGUUUGCUGUUCUCGGCCUUUGAGACGGCCAACCGUGUGGCGCAACCGCUGCUACUGGGUGAGCUGGUAUCGUACUUUACCCCGAAACAGACCGAGAUCAGCGAGCGCGAUGCGUAUCUGUACGCGGCCGGUGUUAUCGCUUGCUCGCUACUAUCGGUGAUCUCGUUCCAUCCGUUCAUCUUCUACAUCUUCCAGCUCGGGAUGAAGUUCCGUGUUGGUGCGUCGUGCUUAAUCUACAAUAAGGUACUUAAACUCUCGAAAUCGAACACUGCCGGCGAUGGUCUGAAUGGUAAGAUCAUCAAUCUGCUCUCGAACGAUGUCGGAAAGUUCGAUAUCGCACUCUGCUUCCUGCAUGACCUGUGGAAGGGCCCGAUGGAGUCGAUUCUGCUCGGGUACUUCAUCUACCGCCAGAUCGGUUACUCGGGCCUGAUCGGUAUGGCCUUUCUGCUGAGCUUCAUUCCGCUGCAGGCCUGGGUCGGUAAGCGGACGGCCACCUACCGGAUGAAGGCAGCCAAGCGGACGGAUUUGCGCGUACGGUUGAUGAACGAAAUCAUCCAGGGAAUUCAGGUGAUCAAGAUGUACACGUGGGAAGGUUCGUUCGCCAAGAUGAUCGAGGCCGUGCGGCGGAAGGAGAUCCAUGCGAUACGUGGCGGUGCGUACGUACGGGCGACACUAAUCUCCUUCUUUACGGUGUCGCGCGUUUCCAUCUUUAUCAGUCUGCUGGCGUACACCGUCACCGAGAAUGUGAUCACUGCCAAGAAGGUGUUUAUCGUGACCUCGUUUUACAGCAUACUGAACGACUCGAUGGUACACUUUUGGCCCAUGGCCAUUACCUUCUGUGCCGAGGGUUACAUUUCGUUGAAGCGCAUUCGGGACUUUUUGCUCACGCCGGAAGGCAAGACGAUGGCGGCCAUGCCCGGGAGUGAUACUGUAGCGGAUGGAGCAAAGAAACGGAAAUCCAACCAACAGGAGCAGCAACCGAAGGAGAAACAGUCGAAGAAGACAAAACCGGCACCCGAUCAUGCUCAGCAAAAUGGUGGCGAUGGAAAGGAGCCCAGCAUCACGAAUCCAUUGCCAAAGGAUGAAGAACCGUUGCUGGCGAAGCGUAUCGUGCGUGCGAAUGGCUGCGAGAAGCGUGGAAUUGUGCUUGCUAGUGCUACCGCGCGAUGGGUUGUGCCGUCUGGAACGCAGGCAUCGUCGACGACUGGGGCCACCGGGGAUGGUCCAUCGGAUCCGGACGAGGGGCGAAACGUUGGAAUCGAUUCGGUUAGCUUGACGGUGGAACCGGGUAAGCUGUGCGUGCUGGUUGGACAGGUUGGAUCCGGCAAGUCGACGUUGUUGCAGGUGCUACUAGGCGAGCUGGAGCUUGAUGAGGGAAGCGUCGAGAUCAACGGGACGAUCAGUUAUGCCGCCCAGGAACCGUGGCUGUUCGAGGGUAGCGUGCGGAAUAACAUCCUGUUCACGGAAGAGUACGACGAGCGACGGUAUCUGCAGGUGGUGCGAGCCUGUGCCCUCGAGCGAGACUUUGAGCUGUUCCCGCACGGUGAUCAAACGAUCGUCGGUGAGCGUGGUAUCAGCUUGAGUGGUGGCCAGAAGGCACGCGUUAACCUUGCACGGGCUGUUUAUCGGCGUGCCGAUAUCUAUCUGCUCGAUGAUCCACUGUCGGCCGUCGAUACGCACGUUGGAGCGCAUAUCUACGAGCGGUGCAUCGGUGAGCUGCUGGCCAAGCACGUGUGCGUACUGGUCACCCAUCAGUUGCAGUACCUGAAGGAUGUGCAGCAGAUUGUGCUGAUGGUUGCUGGACGUGUCGAAGCCAUCGGUAGCUAUCGGGAGCUCAAG